AUGAUAACGACCAGUUUGAAACGAUCAAGAUCGUUAUUGAAUAAGGUGUUGCCUAUCGAUAUUGAAGGUGAUAAACACUCUUCUCCCUCAGUAGUCACGAGAAGUUCUCCACUUUUGAAUCACGACUCAGAGUUUUUACACGUAAGUAGAAACCCAGCACUCAAGAAUUCAAAUAAAAAGACAUCCAAAUCACCAACUAGGCAGGGAUCUAAUAAAAAUAGUAAGAAAAGCAAUGGACAUAAAAAGCGUCGGAACUCAAGUCACCAUAAGGAAAGAACUGAAAAGUCAGAGCUUUCACAGUCAACAAGAGGAUCAGACAUACUUAAUCAAAGAAGUAAAUUAGAUUGGAUUUUAAUCGUGGCUAUAGGUACCUUGAUCAUUCUCAUAUACAUAUUGAAUUGA